AGACGCGUUGCUGCGUAGCAAACAAAGCAUAAUAGCUUUUAUUUACAUGCCUUCUUGCCCUGUCAUCCGCCACCCGACCUAUACGAUUUCGAUAAACCCAGGAGGAAUAUCACGACUGACGACAUCAUCCUCAUGCCAGCGUCUUUGAUAGAGCGGCCAAGACGGAUUACGGAGACAACCGUCUCGGCCAUGCUGGCUGCGGCUGGAAUGGUCGUAUUUAAGAUCCCGCAGGCGCUCUUCAAACUUUUGGGAAAGAUUUCCUUGUAUUCAUUUGUCUUAACUUUCCACCUGGCCUUCGUGAUCUACCACAGUACUAAACCAUCGGGUGACGACGCAAGAGGGUCUCGUAAGCCUGAGGAGCCAGCAGUGUCAACUCGCGAUUAUCGUUUCUCGUCGAUCAGGCUCCCGAGUAGUGUUCUUGGCGAACUCGUCUCUUCCAACAAUGAGGGAGAUACCCCCUUUAUCGCUAACAUCCCCUGUCCACGUUCGAGAAGUUCAACUACCUCUUCCGAGAUUGCGAGGCACUCUUCGAGCAACACCUCUGUAGUAACGCUUGUCGAAACUGAUCCGUCGAAGGAAGCCGUAGAUGCCUACCCGACAACACCAACCCCCACCAGAAAGCACGGCACUAUCUUUCCCGAUAGUGAAUGGGCCACCAUGAAUGCUACGCAGAUUCGCAGGAUUCGUCGGGCCGUGAAGCGCGUUCAAUACAAAGCAGAACACAAGCCGCCAUCCAGGGAUGUCAGAAGCAAGAUAAAGAAGAAAGAUAAAGAUGUCAUGGAAAACGAUCAAGGACACGAACAGGGAAUCAGCAAGGAAGACGAACAAGACGACGCCAAAGAAAGCCUGAUGAAGGACGACAAAGAUGACCAGAAAUACGUCAAGGAGAGUUACAACGAGGGUGCUAAGGAUGAUGACACGGAAGACGACGACGAAGGCCUGGAAGGCCUCAUGGAGGAUGUUCCAGUGCACGACAAGGAAGACGACACGGAAGACGACGACGAAGGCCUGGAAGGCCUUAUGGAUGACGUCCCAGUGCACGACAAGGAAGACGACACAGAAGACGACAAUGAACUUGAAGGCCUCAUUGAUGAGGUUUUAGUGCAGGACAAAGGCGUCGAGGAAAAUAUUAUGAAAAAAGAUGACGGGUGCGUCAAGGAAGGUGCGGCAGCAGGCAACAACGAACUCGCAGAGGACGACAAUAGGGGCGUUGAGAAACAAUUCGGGGGAGAGAACGAAGACGUGAAAGAAAAAGUCACAGAGGACGGCAACAUAUGCUUGGAGGAAAAUUUUAUGGAAGACGACCAGGGCGGCGAAGAAGACAUCACGAAGGUCGACCUCGAAGGUGUCGAGGACGAUGUUGCGGUAUACGACAGCGAAGGUGUCGAUGAAGGCGUCAAAGAAUGCGAAUACGAAUGCGUCCAAGAUGACGUCCCAGAGGAGCAUAACGAGGUCGUCAUUAAUGGAGAUGACAACGAAGGUCAUACGAAAACCGCAGCAGAUGGCGCAUGCAAAUCCAUACAUUCAACGUACCACCGUGAUCUAUGUCAGCGGAACGACGUUAUUAUGAUUCCCUCGCUCAUCAAGGGCUGGCCCCCGGUCUUGCUAUCAGAACCCAUCAUGAAUGGACUGGACCCUAUCGAUUUCAAGAUCAUGCAAUUGGAAUGCGAAUAUCACCUAUCCCGCGAGGAACCGCACAACGGCCGCUUCGUUUGACAUGACGAAAGGAGUCCCGACAGAGAGUACAAGAUCCUACCGGUACCCUCGAACAUGCUGGAGCAGAUGCGAUCGAAGAAGUAGAUCUACCUUGAUGCCUAUUUAUUUGCGAAAUGUAUUUCUUGACUGAUGUUGAUGUAUGGUUGAUAUUUCCUUCUCUGAUCGAGCCUGUACAGUAUUCGCAGGAGAGCUGUCUCCGAGAUUGCACUUCUGUCGGUACAUUCUCGGUCACAUUUAUAUUAGUGUCAAAGUCGCGGAAUACAAGUACAGACAGACUGAGACAGUUACAGUCAAGGACUUCGAAAUAGAGGCUCGAGAGAGACAGAUGGUGAGUCAGGCUCGACCAGGGGAUGGUGGGAGGGAAGCUUAAAAACGCAGUUGAGCAGAUAGUGCUUUGCGAAAGCAAGAACGACGACGGAAAAUCUUAGCUCAUCAGUAAGUAUAUACGUUUUGAUAGAGGGGCCUCAUGUGUAAGCCGCGGAGGCUGAGUCA